AGCCAACAUCAUUCAUCUCAUAUUCAUCUUCUUCCAUAACUUAUUCAUCUAACAUGGCACCCCAUGGCGACACCAUUGUUACCCAAUGUGCUCACCCUAAACAUUCCUUCUCCAAGCCACCAAGACUCUCCUCCGAUGCCCUCAAACGAACCGUCUCCGACAUGUCCUUCGAACUCAGCAAAGACGCCAUCGAUAUCAAGUCCUUAACCACCAUCUCUGAGGUCGUAGACGCCAAGUGCGAAUGUUGUGGCAUGGUCGAAGAAUGCACGCCCGAAUACAUGGAAAACAUCCAUAACCGGUUCUUGGGAAAAUGGAUCUGUGGCUUGUGUUCAGAAGCUGUUAAAGAAGAGAUGGAAAAGAAUGGAGGAAAUAAAGAAGCAGCUUUGAGUAGUCACAUGAAUACAUGUGUUCGGUUCAAUAAACGUGAUCGGGCUUAUCCAGUUUUGUGUCAAGCCGAGGCCAUGAGAGAUUUGUUGAAAAAGACUCGGCUACGAGGUAAAUCUUUGAGUCCUAGAGACACCGGAUCCGUGAAAAGGGGUGGCAUUGCAAGAAGUUCGAGCUGCAUUCCAGCCAUUACUAAGGAGAUCAAUGGUGUCAACACUCGCUAAUAAGCCGGACUAGCGAGUGUUGUUGACGGAUAGGUGUGUGCGAGUAAGAAAGCGGAGCGCCUUCUGAACAUGAUUACGACAUAAGUUUUUAGUCACCAAUCCUAUCCAUUAGGGUUUCAUAUGCUCUUAUUAAUAUGUCUCAAGCAUGUCCAAAUAUUUAUAGGAUCUGCUAAUUAUAGUGUUGGUAUCUCAUAACUUUAAUUCGAUUCGCACAAAUCACAGGGACCGAGACCAAAAUGAAAUGUCUCUUAACGGGUUUUUAUCUUGGAUCGUAAGUCUGUUCGCAACCGACACACAUCCAACCAACAUAUCUUGACCUGGUUCUAGGUUUUUUUUUCGGGAUGUUGGUUGUUUUUCAAAGGGUUGCUUGUCGAUUAUGAUCUUCCGAAUAUUGUUAACUGUAAAACUGUACCGUAAGUGUCAAUAAUUCUUGUAAAAUGUGUUGUAAUCUAUAAAGCUAAAGAAGGUGAAUGAAAUUGUUUCUUAACAAAAGUAUG